GACUACUCCUCCACGCAAAAAAAAUUAAAAAAAUUAAAAAAAUAAAAACACGGGUUUUGGUGACAGGCACCAUGCGCAAUGACUGACUCUGUGGUCGCUUCCAAGCGCUGCACAGAAAUUUAGUCCGCAUCAUUCCCUGACAGCUCCCUGAGAGAGAGGGGGGGAGAGAGACGGGGCUGGAUUCUCAGACUGCGAUAGCGCAGCAUGACGGACACGGUGAUGAGCAGCAGCUCGGAUCGCUGGAUGUCCAACGACAGGCAGAGGAAAAUGCACGCUAGUGAAAAAGAGCAGGGCAACUGGACCAUGCAGCCUGGCUCUGGUUCUGGUCCAGACCUGACAGAUGAAGAGAAAGAGAUUAUAAACAAUGUGAUCGCCCGUGCUGAGAAAAUGGAGGCCAUGGAGCAGGAGAGAAUUGGGCGCUUGAUAAACCGCCUGGACGACAUGAAGAAGACUGUGUGUGGGGAUGGAGUGUCCCGCUGUUUGGUGUGUGGGGAGCAGCUGGGCUCACCUGGGGUCAGCUCAGUGGUGUGUGAGGACUGCAAAAAGAGCAUGUGUACCAAGUGUGGUACACAGUGUAGCAGUCGGCCACGCGCCGUGUGGCUUUGCAAGAUCUGCAGAGAACAGCGAGAGGUGUGGAAGAGGUCUGGUGCCUGGUUCUUCAAAGGUUUUCCCAAGCAUUUCCUGCCAUCACCCAUGCCAUUAUCUAAACCGAGCAAGACGGGUGCGGCAGAGCCCCAGGGGCCUCCAGCCUCUGAGCCCAGGGAGGCGGUAACCCAACCACAAGCAGCAGGACCAGAGCCACUGGGCCGUGCUGGUUACCCACCUGUGGCCCCUAAACCAUCAGCUGUGUGCAUGGCCACUGGGGGGGCUGGCCCUCAAGAGGCGGGUCAGGGCAGCCCAGUGGUGAUGAAGAAGAUGGUUCCUGUCCAGAGCUCCAGACCGCAGCCUGCCGCCACCAUGGCCCAGCAGGGUCCAGAUGGAGGUGCGUACUCCUCUGGUGCAGUUCCUCCAGAGCAGAGAGCGCCUCCUGCAGUGAGAGAGGACAGGAGGCAGCCCGCUGCCCACGGUGCUGUUCCCGUCCGACAGCAACCUCCCCCAGCCGAGGAGGAGGAGGAGGCCAACGACUAUGACUCUGAUGAAGCCACCACUCUGGGCUCUCUAGAGUUCAGUCUGCUCUAUGAACAGGAAAGCAACAGCCUCCACUGUAGCAUCCUCAAAGCAAAGGGACUGAAGCCCAUGGACUCAAAUGGACUGGCAGAUCCUUAUGUCAAACUUCAUCUGCUGCCAGGGGCUAGUAAGUCUAACAAGUUGCGCACAAAGACCUUGAGAAAUACCCGCAACCCUGUGUGGAGUGAGACGCUCACCUACCACGGCCUGACAGAUGAGGACAUGCAGCGUAAGACCCUCAGGCUCUCUGUCUGUGAUGAAGACAAGUUCGGGCAUAAUGAGUUUAUUGGGGAAACCCGAGUGGCGCUGAAGAAACUGAAGAUGAACCAGAAGAAAAACUUUAACGUGUGUCUCGAGAGAGUUGUCCCAACGAAGAGAACUGCAACAGCUGGGGCAGCCAGAGGCAUCUCUCUCUACGAAGAUGAGUCAGCGAAAGAUGGCGGAGACAUAGAGGAGCGUGGUCGGAUUCUGAUCUCCCUCAUGUACAACACCCAGCAGAACCGCCUAAUUGUGGGCGUCGUGCGCUGCGUUCACCUGGCUGCCAUGGAUGCUAAUGGCUACUCUGACCCAUAUGUCAAAAUAUGUCUGAAACCUGACAUGGGGAAGAAGGGCAAGUGCAAAACACAAAUCAAAAAGAGGACUUUAAACCCAGAGUUUAAUGAGGAAUUCAGCUAUGACAUCAAACACAGUGAAUUGGCCAAGAAGACUUUAGAUAUCUCUGUGUGGGACUACGAUAUCGGGAAGUCCAAUGACUACAUUGGCGGGUGUCAGCUGGGUAUCACUGCCAAAGGAGAGAGGCUGAAGCACUGGUACGAGUGUUUGAAGAACAAGGACAAGAAGAUUGAGCGCUGGCAUACCUUGAUGAAUGAGAAUCACGUCGCUAGUGAUUAACCACUUGUCCGCCCCAGUGCAGCAUGAGCUACCCUCCCUACUUGGUUUGCAUCCACCUCUGAGAGCACUUGUUUUCCCCCCUCAUUCUGUUGUGUUUAUCUAUUCUCUCACGACUUGACCAUCACACAGGCACUGCUCGCAUCGCAUCCUUCUCCCUGAUGUAGUAUAUACUCUUCUUUCCUGUCUUCUUAUUAACAAUUUCUCUGCCUGUGCUGAUACUUAAUCUGCCUCUGGGACAAAUCAUGGCAUAAAUGAAUUAGAGAUUUCAUUAAUGUAACUAAGACAUCUGUCAGUGAACAGCAGCAUAAAGACCAUCAUGCCUGUCAGUGAUGUUAUAUAGUGUGCUGAACUUGACACAUUCUCCGCUAAAGGAAAUAAAGUUUAAAUUGCACUCGUACAGAACAAGAAAAGCAAUAUGUUGUGGUGGCUGAGGUCAAAACCAAUUGUCAGGCUCAUAAAUGCCUCAGUUGAGCUCAUGCCUGAAACUCAUUAGACUGUCAGGUUAUUAUUUUUGAAUGUUCAUGUGAUUACAACAUGCUUAGUGUAACACUUGAACUGUAUAAGCAUGCCGAGCCACUGACAUAAGAAAACACGCAGCUGCACCUUAAAAUAUUUCAACUGUGCCCACUGGCCUGCACAUAGUGUAUAUUUCCAUGAAGAAAUGUUUACAUACUGAUACAUUGCUCAGGUUAGGAUAGACAUCUGAUAAACAGAUGAUUCAUAAGUCAGUGGACCAUGAGCUAAAUGAACCUUUCAUCAGUUGCUGUUAAUUUGUUAAUUAAAAUUAUAGCACACUAGUUAAACAUUAGGAGUUUUUACGUAUGGUUAUUCAAGCUGUGAAUUUUGCGUUGGUGGGAAGUAUUAAUUGCGUGAUUAGAGGAACUGAAAAGUGAAUGACAAUGUUUAUUUUUCAUAUUUAUUUCUUAGUUGUGGUUAGACUUGGCAGGAAAAAGGAUUCUCCUCCUGCUACCUGUUUUCUUCUGAAGCUCGCGGUUCACACCUCAGAGGUUUUCUACUGCAGUGUUUACACUGAACGCACACAGUAACGUUUCUUACAAGUUUCCUUAACAAAUUUGGCUGCUUCACAAUGAGAGAAGGUGGAAGAGGUUAUGUCAUAAGUAUGUGCAGCUUUACCUGCAUGCACUGUGCUCGUGACUCUAGUGUGCCUGGGGCAGUCUUGGCCCGCUUUUACAUCAACGCACCCUUUGCACAAAGCAGGGCGCUUUCCCCUCUGCCACGUCCCAGUCAUUCAAGGCUUUAGUGUGUGUUUGUUCACUAAUCACAGCAAACCAAGGAAAGCACACCUUACAAAGUGGAAUGACCUCAAUUUAUACAGCUGUUUGCAAGUUAUUCCAAUGUCAAAACAAAGAUGAAAACAAAAAAACCUAUGCAUGAAAUGUCUUGUGGUUCAAGAUAUAUAUACUUUGUAAGAAAUUAAUGCUAUUGUAAUUUCAUUAAUGUUUACACUUCUUCCCCAUAACAUUCCUGUUGAUACUUUAAACACAAGAGGCCAUAUGCUGCAUGACUAUGAUGACUGUCGGUGUAAUCUGAAUAAGCUGGUCUGAUAGCAUCCACAGGAUAAACUUAUAAUAAAUUGAGCACAUCAACAAAGUGUCAGACUUUAUCCAACUCUAUCAGUAGCAGACAUUGAGAUUAUUCUCAUUCUUUGAAUGAAACCUUCUGUACAUUCACAUUCAAAUCUCUCCAGUGUCCUGUUUCCUCUGUACAGCCACUCUGCCCCCCUGUGGCAGGGAUUGAAACAACCACCAUUACAGCAUUACAGGCUGUCCUAUGUUGUGCUACUUCAGCUACAGUGAUCAUCAGAUGAUGAUCGACAUGAAUUAUAACCAAUAUAGAUAUAUAUUAUUUUUUAAAAAACACAAGCUUCUAUCUGAGCUAAACCUAUAGCCGUCUUCUACUUGAUUCUGCCCCUUUCAGUGGAAUGUUUCUUGGUUUAUCUCUGUAUUUGUAAAUAGAUAGUGCAUGCACUGGAAUUAUGUAUGUUUGCAAAUAACUUUGCAUGUAAAGAUUUUGCAAAGAGUUUACAC